GGGCCCCAAAACGAGUCCAGACGUCAUUCCAGCCGAAACGGGAAUAAACUGCUGGGCCUUUCAGAGCUCCCGGCGUUUGCAAAUACCUUCCCGUCAAGUUUACUCUAACCGCACCUGCACGACCCUCCCGCUCGACACGGAGGAAUCUGCGAUCACAACAGCAACGAUACACGAUACGUACGCGAUACGACAACUCCUGCUGUGGAAUCCUUUGUGCCAUUUCGAUUGUUCGGACGGAUAUCCGAGUCCAAUUAAGUCAGCCUCGGAUCCUGGCAGCAUCACACAAAAUUCCCCAGCCAUGGCGAGCACCGUCGUGACAGAAAACACGCCUCUGCUGCCACCGGCCUUACCGUCGUCGCCCGAAUCUGGCCGCCCCUCGCGCCCUGCCCGAAAUGUCACCUUCAAUCCCAAUCCCGUAACCAAGACCAUUGAACCAGAGUCGGAGCGCCGCCACCCGCGCAUAGCCCAGCAGCAGCAGCAGCAACAGCAGCAUCCACACCACUUUCCGCUUUCCUCGUCGGCCUCGUCUGCCAUCAGCACUGGAGGCCUUGGCGGCGGCCCUCCAAUGCUGUCGGCCCUGAAUAACAAGCUGCGCCGGCGCAACAGCCACGGCGGUCCCCUGGGUCUUCCUGGCUCCGUUGGUGGCGGCGGGCUCCCCUUGGCUGCCGCUGCUGGUGGCGCCCACCAGCCCAAGAUUGGCCCCCAGCGCAGCACCAAGAACGCACAGAAACUCAAACUACUCCCCAACCCCGAGCUCAACGAAGCCGGCGCCGACGAAGAGAGCGGUCGCGAUGUCUACUCCCAGUACACGCGCAUCAAGGACCCCACGGCGCGCAGAGACGCCGCCCGCCUCGGCAAAGCUGACCGCGACAGGCUGCCCAGAGUCACGGCCUACUGCACCGCAAACAGAUACCAGAUGGACGGCCUCAUGAGGUUUCUCAAGGGGCGGGGCAAGGCACGCGGCGCAAACCCGAAGCUGAUCGACGAGUGCAUAUACACGCCAUACAACUACUCCAAAAAGGCCGAAAGUGCCCGCCAGGAGAGAGCGGCGGCCGAGAUCCAUUCGACCCCCGCGGUUGGUUACGAGCGCAGGCAUUCGAUGGGCGAGAUGCCCGAGACUGACGGCGGCUACCAUCCCGACGACCUGGGUCUGGGACUGGGCCUUAGCGACACCGACCUUGGCAACAGUGCAUCUCACGACGGCGUCAGGGACCUGAUACCACACGGGCUGGGCGACGAAAACGCAUUGGUCGACGAGAUGCCCGAGUUCGACAUCCUCGUGCACACGCCCGAGGUCUUUCUCUUCAACUACGGCGUCGUGGUGAUAUGGGGCAUGUCGGCAGCGCAGGAACAGCGGUUCCUCAAAGAGAUUGCGAAAUUCGAGACGGAGAAGCUGGCGCCCGACGACGUCGAGACCGAAUUCUUCAACUUUUACUACACGCGCGAGUACCAAGCCCGCAUAUACAACGACUUUAUCACACUACGAGACAAGAACAGCUACAUGACGAAACUAGCCAUCUCCCAUGCGCUAGCCCAGAGCGUCAAGACGUCGCUCUUUGAGGAGCUGAUAGCCCUGACCAUCGACACGUGCAAAGACAUACCGACACAGAUUGCCCUGACAGGCAAGAUCGACCUCAGCCGGACGCAGAUCAACAUGCAGAUUGGCGAGCUGUUCAUUCUGCGCAUUAACAUCCACCUCAACGGGUCCGUCCUCGACACCCCCGAGCUGUUCUGGGUCGAGCCGCAGCUCGAGCCCGUCUACCAGGCCGUGCGCAGCUACCUCGAGAUGGACCAGCGCGUCGGCCUGCUGACGGAGCGCCUCGACGUCAUUGCCGACCUCCUGGCUGUUCUUAAGGACCAGCUCAGCCACGGCCACGGCGAGAAGCUCGAGUGGAUUGAGUGGGCUUUGAGCGCGAAGCUGAUCCAGUGCCCAUCCUUUUCUCCCCCCAACAGUCAUUGUGCUUAUCGCCGCCGAGAUUCUCGUGGCUGUUGUAAAUAUCGUCGUAGACUUAGAGGGUGAGAGGCGUACAUGGCGCGGCGCGUUGGGCUUGCUUGGAGCCCCUGACUUUUUCUUCAGUCUUAUUUUGAUUUUGGGGGUUUGGGAUAAGAAGGAAAAUCAUGUGCGGCAUUGAAUUUGUGCAUUUGCAUCCGAGAACGGGGCGGCUUUUUUCUUUCUUUCAGUCUCUCUCCCUCUCUCUCUCUCUC